GUUUGCAACCUGUCCAGCCAUUCAGAAUUGACAAAAUCCCCAAAGUGAAACCAAAUAAAUUUAAAAAAUCAAAACUCAGGAGAAGAUGGCAGAGCAGUUCACACCCACUGCUCAAGGAGGUUACCCUGAAGACCAGGAGCUGAUGUCACAGAAGAUGAUGACCAUCCAGCCCUCAGAUUGUGACACAAUUAAUACCCCCCAAAAUACAACUCAAGAGACUAGUCCAGUAGACACAGCUGAAGAGACAGAGACGUUGGGUCCUCUCUACUAUGAGUCAAAUAGUUUGACUGGGAAUUCCUCUAGAGUAGAUGAAGAAGAUUCUGCAAGAGAAAAGCCCUUUGGUUCUAAUGGAAUUUUGAUGGAGAGAGAGACUGGUGACCACCCAGAAUGCAACAUGGAAUCCCCGUCUCAUCCAGUGAGCUUACCUGAUUCUUCUGUAGACGAAGAUACAGUGAAUUCUUUAGACGAUAGCAGUGAAAGGACUGGACAUUCAACCCAAGCUGUGCUUCAGGAUUCCCCAACGGAAGAAACCGAUAACUUAUCCGAAACCAUCCUUGAAGAACAAGUGAGUCCCAUGGGAUCGCUUGGCCAGAAUGCCUCUGAGCAUCUGGAUCCUGAAGAAAUUAAAGAGGAUAUGUUGGAAGAGGAAAUGGAGAAAUUAAUUCAAAAACUUGACGGCACAGAGGACAAGAAGAUCUUGACUGAAGGGCACCCUGCCUGCAAAACGGAGACUGAACCCUCUCCAGAAGAUACCAGCCAGCGCCUUUCACAAGAAGUAAGGAAGCAGAGCCGAGUGCAGGAAUGCAUGAAGAAGUAUCAUCGAUCUUUUCUAGGCAAUGGCCUUGGCUAUUUACUGGGAGUUGGUGUGGCUCUGAUUGCCGUUUUCAUAAGCUGCAGUGGAUAUUACACUUCCCGGCCUGAAAACAUGCGAAAACCCCCAGCUGUGGAGGCCUUCUUGCAAAGAUUUGAUCCCCUAAAGGACAGCUUCCCAGGUCAAAGCCCUCACCUGUGGGGACGGGUGCGGAAAGUCCUUCAGAAGCACCUCAAUACCUCCCACCACAAUGAACCGGCCAUCUUAAUCUUCACCGCUGCCCAGGAAGGCAAAUCAACCUUGAAGUGCCUGAGCGCCCAGAUAGCCAACGCUUACUCCUCAUCUCUCCAGAGUAGCACAGUACAGGUAGACGGAGCUUCUAAAUCCGCUCUGAGCAGCGACGAUGCCAAGCUGGCAAUUGAUGAGGAGCUGAGCAGUGGUUUCCAUGGAGACAGGAAGGCCGCAGUAGUCCAUCAGUUUGAAUCCCUGCCCGCCGGUUCCACCUUGAUUUUUUACAAGUACUGUGACCACGAGACUGCAGCUUUCAAAGACGUGGCGCUGAUUUUGACUGUUCUUCUGGAGGACGACAAAUUGGAAGCGAACGUCGGCCUGCAGGAUGUGGAAGAGAAGGUACGGGACUUCCUCUGGGCCAAGUUCACCAACACAGACACUCCCAGCUCCUACAACCACAUGGACACAGAUAAAUUGAGUGGACUGUGGAGCCGCAUAUCCCACCUGGUCUUGCCAGUUUUGCCGGUCCAAACGGUAGAAGAUGUCGGCUGCCCUUUGCAAACCAGACCACAAGGUGAAUAAGGUGGGGCUUCAAGAGAAAGCCAGAAAGCUCCGAGGCAUUUGCACCAACAGGAAAGCCUUUUUAAAAAAGAGGCUAUAAGCCAGACAGCAGCAUUAAUGUGGUGAGCUUAUAUUAGAUCAAUUAUGCAUUAAUGGGGCGUCUGUUUUGGAUCCUUCUUAGCAUUAGAGAAGAAACCUUAACUGGGUUUCUUUUGUAA